UGGUACAGACAAUACGCAGAAACUUUGCGCGAGAACUUUUGUUGUUUCGUUUUGUUUACGCGUCACGUUACGUACAUGCGUGCGUGCGUGUUGCAUCGUGUAUAGCUGCGCCGUGCCGUACUCUAAAAUUCGAUUUGUCCCUCGUGGUGCGUGAAGAACAAUAUGCCCAGUAAAAAGAGGAAAUACAAUGCCCGUUUCCCAGCGGGUCGUAUCAAGAAAAUCAUGCAGACGGACGAGGAGAUUGGAAAAGUUGCCCAAGCAGUGCCGAUUAUAAUUUCUAGAACUUUAGAACUGUUUGUACAUUCGUUGCUGACCAAGGCCAUGCAGAUAACAAGUGCCAAAAAUGCCAAGACUCUAAGUCCAACUCAUAUGAAACAGUGUAUCAUGUCGGAGAGUCGGUUUGAUUUUUUGAAAGAUCUGGUGAAAUCUCUGCCUGAUGUACCAGCACCUGAUGAUGAAGUACCUACGCCACCAGCAACUCCAGCGUCAACGUCAGCAUCAGUAUCAACAACGAACACAGCCAUGAACAAUGCACCACAUUCUGAAUUAGAUACCUUGGUCGCUGAAUUAUCAUGUGUUUAUAGACAUCAAAAGCAGUUGGAUGUACCAAAUCACAAAUGCACAAGAGAAAAUCCACAAGAGGUCAUCGUAAAGCUAACCCCACAGGUGCCACAGUUCGAGAUGUCCAUACCUGUGUCCUUUCAAAUGAGCCAACCAAAUUUUUAUAUGGAACUCAAUCCCACUAAUUUAAGUGAAAGCACAAGUAGUCGAGCGACGUCGAAUUCCAAUUAUACUGCCGGUAUCGACGAGGAUUACGAUACAUAGUGAUCAUCUCAUGGUAGAUUCUAGGAUAUUGCAAAUCUUUGUUAAACGUGAAGCACGAUUAGCAGAAGACAGUAGUGAUAACGCGCUUGCAUCGAUAGUGCCGAUUUUACAAUCAUCGCAUCGCCUAUGGAUAGCGCUAUCUGAUAUGUUUGCCUUGAAAUAAUUUGUUCUUUGUUCGUAUUUAUACAGGAUGGUUUUUCAGAACCAUGUGAGGUAGAUGUAAUAUAUAUUUAAAUAUACUAAUAAUUUUUUAAUUUAAAUGCUAAAUAUAUAUAAAUCAAUUAUUGGAGGUGUGAAAUCAUUUCCAUAAGGCUUUAUUUUUCAAUUUUUUUCGUUUUAAGUUGUUUCAUUUAAAGGAAUGCGUAACUUCUCUCUCUCUCUCUCUCUCUCUCUCUCUCUCCCUCAGAUGUAAUGUAUUUUAUUUUAAAAUUCAUUAUAUAACUCUGGAUAAAUAAUGAAUCCUCCCUUUCAAUCGUUAUUUAUAGAUGUAAGUUCCUGCCUUCUGUGCCAUCCUGUAUAUUAUUAUGUAAAAUAUCAAAAUCGUCAAAUUUAGUUUUUUUUUACUGGAAUUCAUAUUUUCAUAUAGA